ACUCAUUAUACUCUAUAUCCAUGGCCACACUUUCCUGCUAUUCCCUCCACCCUCUUUUUUCUUCUUCUUCUCCGUCAGCAACUUCUCAUUCUUUUCCACACCAACCUCAAACAAAACCCGAAACCCCUCCUCCACUCAUCCGUUGCUCCGCCACCGGCAUUGCCACCAUUGCCGCCGCCGGACCUGAAAUCAUAAUUCAGCCAACUGCGAGGCUGUUGGUCCAACCCAUUUUCCUGUUUGCUGGCUUCGACAGACCCUUGGACACCCAAACUUUUCUUGCCACAAUCAGUGUCUUGGCCGCCAUUGCUUUCUCCCUCUUUCUCGGUCUGAAGGGUGACCCUGUGCCUUGUGAGAGAUGUGCUGGCAACGGUGGUACAAAAUGUGUCUUCUGCAACAAUGGAAAAAUGAAGGUAGAGACGGGCUUGGUUGACUGCAAGGUGUGCAAGGGUGCAGGAUUGGUACUUUGCAAGAAAUGUGCAGGUUCUGGAUACUCUCGACGGCUUUGAACUCAACUCCUUUUUCUCCCCAGAUGCAUAUCUUCUUUUUGUUCCUUCAAGUGUAGCCAAAUUUUCUAAUGUUCAUGUGCUUAUUCGAAAAAUUGUCGAGGAUGAGAAAUUGUAAAUUCUGAUUUGUAUUUUCUUCCCUUGUAAAUAUAUUUUUUGUUUCUUAUUAGAAUCGAAAUCUUCUUAAGCAUUGUUCGUUUAGUGAGAAA